AUGGGAUUUGCAGACCUGCUGGAACAAGCUGGCGGUGUGGGCCGUUUUCAAAUAAUAAACACAAUUUUACUGGCUUUGCCAGUCUUUCUGUUUGCCAGCCAUAAUGUCAUGCAAAAUUUCAGUGCAGCCAUUCCAGAUCAUUACUGUAAAGUCCAGCUACAUGAAAAUGACACCCAUUACCCUAAUCUUACAAAAAGCCAGAUCUUACGAAUGCAUAUACCAGUAGACAAAUGGAAUAAGUUGGAAAAAUGCAUUCAGUUCACAAUUCCACAGUUACAUACUGCCAAUGUAACAGAUACCUUUACAAACAUGACCUCACAAGAAACUGAGCCCUGCAGAGAUGGAUGGACUUAUGAUACAUCUGAGUACAGUUCUACCAUAGUGUCUGAGUGGGACCUAGUGUGUGAUCUACGCCCUCUGAAGGAAAUUGCUCAGACUGCAUUUAUGGCUGGUGUAUUCAUAGGAGCCAUUGUGUUUGGAAGGCUGUCAGACAAGUUUGGCAGAAGAAAGCUGUUGAUGUGGUCUAACUUUCAAAUGGCUGUGGCUGGGACCUGUGCAGCAUUCUCUCCCAUCUAUAUUUGUUAUUGUAUAUUCCGUUUUCUGACUGGGAUGGCCUUAUCCGGCAUGAUCCUGAAUACCCUUUCUCUGAGUAUAGAGUGGAUUCCAAGCAGGGUCAGAGUUAUUAUCAGUGCAACCUUGGGUUACUCCUACACACUUGGACAACUGAUCUUGGCAGGUUAUGCUUACAAGAUUCGUGAGUGGCGUUGGUUGCAUUUUAUUGCAUCUGUUCCAUUUUUCCUGUUUAUCAUUUGUGCCUGGUUUACGCCUGAAUCUGCUCGUUGGCUGGUUUUAAACAACAAAUCUGAAGAGGCUGCGAAGCAUUUGAAAAAAGUCGCAAAACUGAAUGGAAGGCCAGAAGUAGCAGAAAAGUUCACUCCAGAGAUUAUUGAAUCCAGUAUGGAAGAGGAGAUUAAGAACUCAGGCACAGAGUUCACAGUCUUGGAUAUUUUCCGAAAACCUGGAUUGAGACGAAUAACAUGUUGUUUACUUUGUGCAUGGUUUUCAACCAGCUUCUCUUACUAUGGGCUUGCAAUGGACUUACAGGGAUUUGGUGUCAGUAUUUAUCUUAUACAAAUAAUUUUUGGGGUCGUUGAUAUCCCUGCCAAGCUUAUUGGUACAUUGUUGAUUGCCUUCAUCGGUCGACGAUUCACUCAAGUCACUUCCCUGGUUUUCACAGGACUUUCAAUAAUUACAAAUAUAUUUAUACCACAAGAUAUGCAGAUUGUACGCACAUCAUUAGCUGUGUUUGGAAAAGGUUGUUCAGCAGCUGCAUUUAACUGUGUAUAUCUUUACACUUCAGAACUUUACCCUACUGUGAUCAGGUAA